UUUGUGCGUAGUUGUUUUGGUUGGGAUCUCCAGAAACUGGCUCGCCGACGGCUACGGAGAUAACAGGAUACCGCGAAUACAGGAGCCAAGCUUACGAAGCCAGAAAAUAAAAAAACUCACCUCACCUCGACUAACAGCGACGACAGCAACAGAAUCAGCACAUUGUUGAAAGGAAGCUCGGACGCAGACAGAGACAGGGAAACGCUGUUGCCAGCAUGAAUGUGGAUGAGGAGAUUGAGAAGCUCAAGGAGGAGAUCUCUAAGCUGGGGGAGAAGCAGGCAGAUGGAUCCAUCAAGGUGAAGUUUGGCAAGCUCUUUGACGAGACAGGAGACAUCUUCGAGGCGCUUGGGGGAACACUUCGUGCGGCAAAGAAGAGGAAGAUAAUCGCAUUCGCAGCAGAAAUGCUGCUGCAAGGCCGAGAUAACAAUGUGGACAUCAUUCUUUUGCCACAAUGACCUAAGUCAUCAUCGUCACACAUGCAUGCACCCUGUCAGAGCCGCUGGCGGGAUGAUACUGUUUGACAAUAGCAUUGCGAAGACUAGACAAGGCACCAAGAGCAUACUCCUUUCCAUUAUUCAAGCACAAUGCACUUUAUUCAGCCUAGAAGCAACACUGCACAGCACCAUCAACCGGAGUAGGUGCUCAUGCCACUGGACAUCACCAUGCAAUUGUUG